AUGGGAUCCAUCGAGCAAGCUCCCGUAACGAGCAGCAGUCACCAUCCCUUUUCCCUUGCCAUCGUCGGCUCAGGAAUCGGCGGACUCGCCCUCGCAAUUGGUCUCCUCGCCCAGAAAGUCCCAGUAACAAUCUACGAAGCGGCUCCAAAGUUUGAUGCCGUAGGCGCAGGCAUCGGUCUCGGACCCAAUGCACUGAAAGCAAUGGAACUCAUGGACCCGAAAUUCGCACGCCUGUAUGACGAGAUCAAAGUAGGGAAUACGAGUCCCGAACGUCAGCAUGAACAGAUUGAGAUUUUGAGCGUGGAAGAGGGAUUUGGGAGUAAUGUUGGUCAUGAAAAAUUUGAGAGGAGUAGUGCGCAUCGGAGAGCGUUGUUGGAGGUUAUGAAAAGUUUGAUUCCUGAGGGUAGUGUCAAGUUUAACAAGAGAGUUGUUAAGGUUCUGCAAAAUGGCAAGUCGGAGAAGGUGGAGCUGGUGUUUGGCGAUGGUGAGAGAGUAAUAGUGGAUGCUGUAGUUGGAUGUGAUGGUAUCAAGGGAAUGACAAGAGAAGCAGUGCUUGGUGAUAGAUGGCCAGAGGAAGUGCCUGCCAAAUACUGCAACACCUAUGUCUACAGAGGCAUUGCUCCGAUGGAAGAAGCGAAAAAGAUUAUCGGCUCUUAUGCGGAAGAUGCAAGGUGGUGGAUGGGAAUUGGAACAGGAUGGGCCAUGUACCCAAUCUCUCAAGGUAGAGAAGCAAACAUUGUUGCGUUUAUGCAGGAUGAGAACCAAUGGAAUGGAGAACAAGCAGCGAGGGAAGUUACCAGAGAGGAAAUGGAAGCUGAGUUUGAGGGAUUCGAUAGCCGACUCAAAGGCCUGUUAGUAUACUUGAAGCCUAUGAAGUGGCCGUUGUUCGAUCAUCCUGACACUCCAACGUAUAUUAAUGGAAGAGUGUGUCUCCUUGGCGAUUCAGCGCAUGCGUCCAGUCCCAGUCAAGCAGCUGGUGCUGGGCAGGGACUGGAAGAUGCAUUAAUACUAUCAAGGCUUCUUGGCUUGAUAAAGGAUGCGUCACAACUGGAUGCUGCUUUUGAGGUGUAUGAUGUUAUCCGUCGACCACGAGCUCAAGGUGUUGUGCAAGCGAGUCGAGAAGUUGGAUUGGAGUACUUCCUCGGACACCCAAAAUUGGGAACCGAUUUGCAAAAGAUAACGGACGAUGCCAAUAAACGACUUCCAGAGCUCUGGUGGUAUGAUCUAGAAGGGGACAUUAGGAAAGCUGAGCAGAUGUUCUCGCAAAAGAUAGACAAAUCAAUGUGA